AUGCUUUGUCUGACCUGUGAGAUCACAGAGCCGCUGUCUGAGACUUCACAUGGAGCUGUGCGAAGACCCCGCUUGGUAAUGCAGUACAGUCCUGCACUACAUCAGACAGUAUAUGGAGGACACAAGGAUGGAGGAGAACCUCAGGCAGCUCCUCCAUAUGUUAAUGGGCGCAAGAAGCUGCAUUAUAAUCCCUACCCGGCCUGCAUCUCGACUCCGUCCAUAUGUAGAGAAGACAACGAGAUUGUGUGGGGUCUGUCCAGUGUCCUGGGGCCGGUCAACCCGACAGCCCUACAGAGAUACAAGUGGCUCAUGGAAAAUAUCACACCCAACCCUGGCCGAUCUGUACCAACCCAGGUGAUGGUUGCCUUGGUGGGACCAACCAUAUUCCAUGGCACCUUCUACUCCCAGUCUCACCUCGUCCAGAUACGCUUGGAGUACCUGGUGGCUGGAGCAACGGAGGGAGUGUCAAUCUUUGUGAACUGUUUAAUGAAGGACAUUGACGCUAUGUACAACCAUCCAUACCACAAACUCCUGGGGGUCAACGUACCAACUCUGGUGGAUGAAGACAAGAAUGAAUGGAUCCAGGAGUUCUGGGACCCAGCUAGAGUUCAGGAGGGAAAGGCGGAGUUUCUCCAGACGGUGAGCGAUGCUGUGAUUGGGAACAAGUUUAUAUACGUAGAGUGUGUGUUUAAACUGGAUCCGGGCAUGUCGACCUACAUGCGUGGACAGAAGCAGUAUGGUCUGAACUUCAUCGAGGUUGUGGAUGAGAUUCGUGAAGAAGGCAGUGACAUCCAGAACACUAAGAUACAGUCAGCUCGACCUGGGUCAAAGGCCACUCGACGCACAGGCCAAGGGACUUCCCAAGUGGAGACUGACCGACAGAGUAUUCACAUACAUGUCCAUGGACGGCUGGAGCAUUUCCGACCUCGGAAAAUACGCAUCGAUGGAUUCCGACUUGGAGAAGAUCCUGGUUUUGGACCUUUUGCAUGGCAGAUUGUGACUCCUUUCAAGGCACAUCUACAGAAGAAUGUGUCCAAGUUCCACCCCUACGGCGAGCUGUUUGACAGUCUGUUCAACAUCAUCAUCCUCGUCCUCACAGACAGGAUAUCGUAUGACAAGGACCUCCUCCCCGAAGUGUACUGUGUCCUGCACGGCACCCCAGGCCGUCUACAUCAACUCAUGGAACACAACAAGGCUGUCCGAGCACUCAUCCGAGGUUUUGCAGGUUCUGACAACGUUCAUUUCCUCCGUCAACUCUUGGCUGAGUUCAAGCGAGAUGUGGAAGAGAUGCUGGCUAAUAGUCUACAGGAGAGGACCAGUGACUUGACCACUGCCGGCCAGGCUAUGUCCGGUCAAGUCGAGGACCUCCUGGCAUCAGAUGAUUUCGAGUUUGGCUCCACAUCUCACCUCCAGCAGGUGGUGGAGACAUUUCGUAACAUCGACAACUACUGCAUGACGCUGCUGAUCCAGGCUGUGGAGGAUGCCAUGUAUUGGAGUCCAAAGCUGCAAGCUCUGAUUAAGAAAAUGAAGGAGACGUUUCCUGAUGAAGCCAAGAGGCCUGUUACACGGAUACGAGAGCGAGACACUAAACAAAAGCCAGGUGUUCAGACCAGUGAUGCAGCAGUCUACCAACACGGACAUGAGGAGGAACAGAUCAUGAAGCAUGAAUAUCAGGUGAUUGAUGUCCAGAUGUGCGUUGAGAGAGACACAGCGCCCAAGAUCAUGUCCACUGAAUCAGUUCUGAUGAAGUACAUCACAGACACACAUAUUGAUGAGAUGUGGCAGGAUUUUCAAGUUGAACUGUUCACAGGCAAAUACCUUCCCCCAAACCCCUAUACCAGACUUGUCACCAGAUGUCGGGAGUCUGUCAUGAGGAUGGACCUAUGUUAUGAGAAGUCCUCCAAACUGCUGGCACAGCUGAUGUCAGGGACCCCCCAGGAAGCUGACCCCGACAACUACGUCUACUGCAUGGCAGGCUGUGACGGCUACGGUGUGCGGAGUGCUCUGACCGUGCUGGACAUCGCUGCCUAUGUCAACCUUGCCCGUCUGGUCCAGCAGAAUUUCUCAUCCAAAAACUACAUCCACCGGAAGGGGCCAUUCAGGAUCGGAGUGUGUAUGGGGAUUGUGGGGCCGUGUCUGCUGUACGGACAGAUGCAGCCGUACGUGAACUCUGUAACCUUGGAGGAACACUACUACAUGCAGGGGCCACAGGGAUGUGAGAGUGAGGCCCUCAACUUGUUUGCAAAAUGGUAUACAACCACCUGUGUGUGUGCAACCACCUGUGACCUGAUCAAACUGUCCUCCACAGUAUACAACCACCUUAUACAACCACUGUCUCACCUGAUCAAACUGUCCUCCACUGUGUACAACCACCUGUGUGACCUGAUCAAACUCUCCUCGACAGUGUACAACCACGUGUGUGAUCUGAUCAAACUCUCCUUCACAGUUAUUCAACCACUGUCUGACCUGAUCAAACUCUCCUCCACAGUAUACAACCACCUGUGUGACCUGAUCAAUCUUUUCUCCGCAGUAUACAACCACCUGUGUGACCUGAUCAAGUUGUCCUCCUACCCAGUGAUGGGAGUCUACAUGGGGAAUGACAGAAUCGGCUGGUCCUGGGAGGACAUCUUCAACUCCAGACAAGGAUUCCUCACUGAGUUCGAGAUGGUGUGUUCCAGGAGAGAACCCAUCUACUUCAAGGCGUACGUGCAGCUGGAUGAGUGGCGGUACGUGGGUGUGAAGAAACACUUCUUGUUCCACUGGCUGACCGACGACCGUCUAGGCAAGCAGCUAUACUUCCCCUCAGACCCCUGCUCCUUUUAUCAAUGCCUCUUCCUAACAAACGACAGGGCUGCCUUCCACUAUCAGAAUGGCGGUCCGAGGAGCGGCAAUCCACUCAGUGGCCCCAACAUCCGAGCAGCCUUCCAGUCCCUGGAUGACCACAUCCUGAAGGCUCGGAACAAAGCACAGUGGCUGGAUGUUCACCGGCUCCUGCUGCUCCGUGCCCUCAUGUCACAGGAGCAGUCUCAUGUAGUAGAGACGUGGCGCAUGCUGCACAGUGUCGGGGCAGAGGCGGAGUAUGUGUGUCACCUCAUCGAGGGCCUGCAAGAUCUCACCAUCUUUGCCAUGGAGUAUGACAAGUGGAAGAGCCUUGAUGCUGCCCCUGACACUGGUGGCAAGAACAGCAAGGCUGGAACAGCCAGAACAGGGAAGACAGUCACAGAGAGACAGGACCCACUGGACAUGAAGACAUUACACAGGAUGACAAUGGCGUUUCAGCAGAAGAUCACAGAUGUCCUUGAAGCUCGCAAAGCCAUGCUGCCGUAUUCCAUGCUGGAGUUUGUCCAGAUGAAGCUGAAGUCGGUGUUGGAGAUAGAUCCAGACUCUGGGGAGGCCUUCCUGGCCAUGGAAGAUGAGACUGUCACCCGGCUGGAGGAGGUCAAGCAGAUGAUGCGUGCCGUUCAGGACAUACUUGCUGGGGACGUGCACAACAUCAGUCCUGAAGCUCAGGCAGCCAUCAUAGCCAUUGAGGCUGCAGUGGAUGACCGGCCAACUAGUGUAGCUUCUUAUCGCCUUGAUGACCCUGACCAGUACAAGCGAAGGCCACAUGCAAGGAAGGCCAUCUUGGAUGACGACAUGCUGUAUAGGCCUAGAUAGCUGUGAAGGACAGGGCUAGAGGGAGUCACCUGCUCCUGGAUAUCACCAUACAUGUGAGGUCAUCUAGUCUGGGAUCACUUGCAAGGAAGCCAUCUUGGAUGACGACAUGCUGUAUAGGCCUAGAUAGCUGUGAUGGACAGGAUUACAGGGAGGCACCUGCUCCUGGACAUCACCAGACAUGUGAGGUCAUCUAGUCUAGGGUCACUUGCAAGGAAGCCAUCUUGGAUGACGACAUGCUGUGAAGGACAGGAUUACAGGGAGGCACCAAAUGUGGGGAUACCAGGGAGAUCACCUAGCCUUGGGGUCACAUACACCAGAUCACCUAGCCUUGGGGUCACAUACACCAGGAGAUCACUUAGCCUUGGGGUCACAUACACCAGGAGAUCACUUAGCCUUGGGGUCACAUACACCAGGAGAUCACUUAGCCUUGGGAUCACAUACACCAGGAGAUCACUUAGCCUUGGGAUCACAUACAUCAGGAGAUCACUUAGCCUUGGGGUCACAUACACCAGAUCACCUAGCCUUGGGGUCAGAUACACCAGGAGAUCACUUAGCCUUGGGGUCACAUACACCAGGAGAUCACUUAGCCUUGGGGUCAGAUACACCAGGAGAUCACUUAGCCUUGGGGUCACAUACACCAGGAGAUCACUUACCCUUGGGGUCACAUACACCAGAUCACCUAGCCUUGGGGUCACAUACACCAGGAGAUCACUUAGCCUUGGGGUCACAUACACCAGAUCACUUAGCCUUGGGGUCACAUAUACCAGGAGAUAACUUAGCCUUGUGGUCACAUACACCAGAUCACCUAGCCUAGGGGUCACGUACACCGGGAGGUCACCUGGCCUGGGGGUCACAUACACCAGAUCACUUAGCCUAGGGGUCACAUACACCAGGAGAUCACCUAGCCUAGUGGUCACAUAACCAGUGACAUCAGCUGGCCUGUGGGUCACAUACCCUGGUGGUCAUGUACCCUCGAGAUCACAUGCCCAGGGUGUCACAUGAUCUGGAUGUCGCCUGACCUGGGGUUCAGUAUCAAGGGCCAUAGUGACUUGAGGACUCCAGCACUUGCAGCCCAGGGAGGUGUGUUAUGUCCAGCGUGACGUGAGGUCAACAUUGGAACUACUGUCUGCGUCAGGCUGACUUGUUGGACCUAGUUUUAUAGGCAGUGUUGUUGACAGACUUGAUCGAGUGACUUCCACACUGGUUAAAUAAUCUGUUUACAGUCUCAUUACUUGACUUUGUUAGAGAUUUACACACCUUUACAUGUAUUUUGACUUCCUUGUAUGUUAGUUUGUUAACAACACUUUGUUUAUACGUACCACAAUAUUAAUUAUUCAUUCUGCCAUAGAUUGUCCAUAUGUUAUAUAUGUUGUAUAUAUACCACAAGCUAUACUUUCCAUCAAAAGUUUAGACUCACUUAAAG